GCUGGUACGUUGGCUGGCACGUUGUCAGCCAUUAUCAUCAAGGCGAGUGGCGGCCUCCAUCUUCCUUUGUAGCCGGCGCCGCUAUUAAAGAGCACUAGAGGCUACGAGCGGAUGUACAACAAGCCAGCGGUUUUGCGUGACAAUGUGCGUGUUCCACGGCCGCCUCCAUCUCGACGCAGCACUCCAGGUCGCCGUACUCCAUCUCCCGUGGGCCAAAUGUCAGGUAGGCGGGACUCGCCACCUGAACCAGCGACCAGCAUAACUCGAUUGUCAUGGGGGUUAAAUGCACUGCGUUAUUCCAUUAUUUCGGCCCUGUUUUCUCUCUCGGCCGCUUUUUGCUCUUUAUCUCAGCCUCGUCCUCAUCUGUUUUUUGUCCAUCUGACUGUCGAGUAAGGAGCCGAGUUUACCUUGAGGCUCUGGGCGCCUCACAAACCAACACAGCCGCUUUUUUUAAUUGUGUGUCUCCAGAGAACUUAGUGCUUGUGUAUUUUUGCACAGCUCAAGGAAAUGCACAACUGUGAAGAAAAAAAGGACUAUUUCGGAGAAGAUUCAAAUUGGGUGUGCAACACAAGGUCCCCAAGGUCGGCCUUACCGCGCUUUUGUCUUUGGCAUGGGCAUGCAACCAAAAUAACCGCAGCCGCACAACUAUGUCAACACGGCCCGCCCUGCCCUAACACUUGUGCAGGCUGGUUCGCCGGGUGCACUCGCAAUCGUCGCUCGCUCUUUUGCACUCGCGGAAGAAAAGUUGCUUUUGAAGAUGAGCGGUGGCGCACUGGACUGCAGCGUGCUGGAGGAGGACUGGCACAGAGGGCAGAGCUACUCGGCUCACUGGCACAGCCUCGGCGUGUCCCGCUCGCAAAGGCCUACAGUGAGCGAGGCGCGGCGCUGCGAGAACUACUGGCAAGCCAGGCGACUCCUGCAGCGCUUCCUCUCGGGCGCCAUCGGACACGGGCCGCCGCCGCAGACCGACAAAAAGGUUGAGCUGGGAAGCCAGCGAGCAACUUGACAGUUUCGUGUCGGAAAGCAAGACCACCGUCAAGAUGACGUCGCCGAGGUUCCUGGCUUGAAGGGUUUACCGAUUGUUUUCCGUCAGUGGAUAGAAAAAAUAUUUGGGAGCAAAAACCAAGCUGCGCUCCGGUGCCGACUGUAAGGGAUCCUCUGAAGAGUUAAGAUUCAAAGGGAGCUGGCAAAGGCAAACGUGGACUGAUGAGGAAGAUGGUGGAGAUCUGUUGAAGGUUGGACGCCGGACCUGAAAGCAAUGAUGCGUCCAUUAGCGUGGCUAAUCUGAUGGCAUCGGUGCCGGAGGGCAGAGAAUGGAAACGUAGGCAAAUGCUAUCAGGAUUCAACACCGACGCCCCCGCCCCAAAAUCCAAACAACAAAGGGACGAAUGGAGCAAAAGGAAAACGACACAGCCGCCAUGGCUGCCCGCUACCAACGCUUUGACCCGGCGGCGUAUCUGCAGUACAACUACACGCCACCGCGAGCCGACUUUGACAGAGAGGACAGCAUCGUGCCGUGGAAAUUGGCCCGGCUACACCGAGCCUUCGCCGAAGGCGACAUCGGCGGCGAGCUGCUGGUGGACGUGGGCUCCGGGCCGACCCUCUACCAAGUCCUGAGCGGCUGCGAGGUCUUCGACGAGGUGGUCCUGACUGACUUCCUGGAGUCCAACCGGGAGGAGCUGCGGCGCUGGCUACGAGACGAGAAGGGCUGCAGCAUGGACUGGACGCCGUACCUGCAGCACGUUUGCAAGCUGGAGGGCCGACGGGCCUCGGCGUGGACAGAGAAGGCGGCCAAGCUCCGCCGGGCCAUCAGCGACAUCCUCCCCAUCGACGUGCACCGCCCGCAGCCUCUGGACCCCCGCAGGUUCCCCCCCGCCAAGGCCGACUGCCUGGUGUCCUGCUUCUGCCUGGAGAGUGUCAGUCCCGACCUGACCGCCUUCACCCGGGCCCUGGGCCACAUCGGCACGCUGCUGCGGCCCGGGGGCCACCUCCUGCUCAUCGGGGCCCUUGGGGAAAGCUUCUACAUGGGGGGGCCCGGCCUGAAGAUCCCCGUGGUGCCGCUGGGCGAGGCGGAGGUGUGCGCCAGUCUGAAGGAGACGGGCUACACCCUGAUCCGGCUGGAGGUUUACACGCUGCCUCAGGACAUGCGAGUGGGGGUGGAUGAUGUGACGGGGGUGUUUUUUGCAAAGGCAAAGAAGGAUUAAACAGAUGGACAAGAGAUGGAGAAUGCUCUUUAUGUUAGAUGGUUACACAUCCCCCCCUGCAGUGCAAAAACAGAUACUACAGCAAACCCAAAAUCAGCCAUGCUCUGUGUUUUAAAAUGAAAGAAUGACUGUGCAUUUCAUUUUGUUCAUAUAGCAAAUAAAUGUAUGAAAAAAAAAUACAUAGAUUAACAGUUUAAUGUGUUCCUGUAUUGAAAGUGGACAUACAAAAACAGAUACUCUAUUUAAAAAAAAAAAAAGCAAAUGGAAUAUGAAAAGUAUAUUUCUAGAUUUUUUUCUCACAUAUUAUUACUUUGAUGUAAAAAAAUCAAUUUACUCCGAAUUAUAUUUAUGUAUUCAUUUCUGUGUCGUGAAGUGACAUCAUCUCUUGUGUCUUCAUUGUAUUGAAACACCAUAAAGAGUGAAUUAUCUCUCCGUUUAUUCCAAACGCAGUUCACUGACUAAUAAAGGCACUAGAUGAUACGCUUCAAAAGUCA